UCGUAUGUACCAACUGUAGGUAGUGAGACGUGGACUUCCCAUACCACAGGAGCAACCAUAGACACUGAAACCAGGGAGCAACAGGCUUAUUGAAAUGCAGGCCUCAAGGUGUCAUCCUUCCCCUCCAAUCAGGGACUGAUUCAGACCCGGGGGACACCAGGGGAUUGACUCUUUGGACCAAUCAGUGACAUUACUAAUCAAUGAACUACCAGGGAGAAAAGACAACCAGCCCCACCACAGACCUGAAGGCCUUGCUUUUCAUACCACUGCGCUGGCUUACUAGAGAAAGCAGCAGUGAAAGUACGGGCGGUCUACUUUGACUGAAGACUCGGAGCAGAUAAAACAAACACAGACAGAAGACAGCAGGAUGGGAGCCUUCAGCGGGUUGUAAAAUACUCCAGUUCUUCUCUGUCAAAGGCAGAGGCUGUGGCUACUUCAUCAUCACUACUUCUCUGCACAGCAUCUGUGGUGCAUCAGUCCAGCUAACAGAAGAGAAACAAAAGAGAAACCAGGAAGAAGGCACAAUGAGGAAUAUAGGAGACAGAGACCUACAGAAGACCAGCACCUACAUCGUACCCUGCUUCCUGCUAGUGGAGUUGGUGAUCAUGGCUGGGACGGUUCUCCUGGCGUACUACUUUGAGUACACAGACACGUUCCCCGUUCACGUCCAAGGGUUCUUCUGUUUCGACAAGACGUUCUCCAAACCGUACCCCGGACCCGAGGACGACAGCAAGGCACCGCCGGCACUGGUCUACUCUCUGGUCACCGCUAUCCCCACUGUCACGAUUCUGAUUGGAGAGGUGACAACGUUCUUUGUGAAAGCGGAGGGGGCUCAGGAGAAGACCAUUGUGACGGCUGACUGCUGUUACUUCAACCCCCUCCUCCGCAGGAUAGUACGCUUCCUGGGUGUCUACUCCUUUGGCCUCUUCGCCACCACCAUCUUUGCCAACGCGGGCCAGGUGGUGACAGGAAACCAGACCCCUCACUUCCUGUCUGCCUGCCGCCCCAACUACACAGUCUUGGGCUGCCAGUCCCCCAUGCAGUACAUCACAGAGCGCCGCGCCUGCACCGGGAACCCCUACCUGGUUGCGUCUGCACGCAAGUCCUUCCCGUCCAAGGACGCGGCCCUCAGCAUCUACUCUGCUGUCUACACAGUGAUGUACGUGACGCUGGUGUUCCGUACAAAGGGCACCCGGCUGACCAAGCCCACCCUGUGUCUGACCCUCCUGUCUCUGGCUGUGCUGGUGGGGGUGGUGAGGGUCACGGAGUACAGGAACCAUUGGGGUGACGUCCUGGCUGGAUACCUGACCGGAGGGGCCAUCGCUGCCUUCCUGGUGACAUGUGUGAUCAACAACUUCCAGCAGACGGCGUCAGCCUUGCCCCCGCUGCCCCCCCAGCGCCCUCAGCCCCCCCACGGCAUGCAGCUGUCCACCCUACCUCGCGUGGAGAGUCCACUUGAAAAGUUCCAAGACUACCGUACACUGAGAUCACAUGACCAUCAGCCAUACCUGUGCCCCGCCCCUCCCGAUGUGCUCCUCCCCUCGCGGCGCUUCAUCUCCAGCGAAGUUUAGACCUGCCCUCCAUCUCCGAGCACCACGCCCCCUGCCCCGCCCACCCUGAGGGGCGGCCCCCUCUCCGACGCUCGUUCUCCACCCAGGUCUAGAACAUGGAACCUAGAACCUAAAUCACCCAGAUCCAACCUCAAAACAACCUUACCUGGGAGGGACUACCUGGACUUGUCCAAUAAGAAAGGCUUGUUUUCGUUUUCCGUUGCAAAACAUUUUGCUACGGUGUGCAGUAAUGAAUAGGACCCUGAAGUAGGUAGAAGUUUACCCUAACCAUUAAUACAUGGUCAAAUAUCUUGUCAUCCUUGUAUGGUUAGGGUUGGGGGUAAGGGUAAUCUGAUCCUAGAUCUGUGGUU